AGUAUGUCAAUAUCAAUGUCUUGCUUAUCAACAUAUUUUUAUUUCUUUAAACAAACUUUACGAAUGUGCCAUAAUUCUAAUCAGUACUAAUUAUGUAACUAAUUUAAAUGACAUCAUGUGCAGCACAAACUGUAUCAAAUAAUCUAAGACACAAACGAGGCGACUCUCACUUACUUUAAUCUUCGUCUUUAAAAAAUUGAGAUUUUUUUGAUAUUAAUUUAAAGUAAAUUUAUAUCGUUUGCUAAUGGGAAUUAAACUCCAAAGCAAGAAAUCAAACUACAGUUACAUAACAAGGAUAUUAAAAUUAUAUUUCCCGGAAUCGUUUUACAAUGCUCAAUUGGAUCAAAGUGACACUUAUCCUGUGUUUGUUCGGUCUGCUUCGCGAGAUACGACCGUCCGAACCGUUCGUUUCGGAUUUUCUUGUAGAAUGGAGAAACAUCACCAACGAACAAUUACAAAGAGAAAUUUAUCCCGUAGGAACAUAUUCCUAUUUAGCUCAACUCGUGCUGGUCUUCCUUAUAACUGAUUUCUUGAGAUUUAAACCCGUUAUUAUUUUAUCUGGUCUCAGUGGAAUAACAGUGUAUUGUAUAUUACUAUGGACAUCCAGUAUAAAGUGGCUUCAAGCCUCGCAAUUCUUCUAUGGAAUGUACAUGGCCACUGAAGUUGCUUAUUACACUUACAUUUAUGCUAAGGUGGAUCCGAAGAAGUACCCUUUAGUUACGUCGUGUACUAGGAUUGCAUCAUUGACAGGAAGGUUCCUAUCUGGUGUCAGUUCACAACUACUCAUACAUUUCAAAUUCAUGGACUACAGGGAACUAAAUUACAUAACUUUGACAGCGCAGAUACUAGCAACAUUUUGGGCACUAUGGCUGCCUCCAGUUAAAUAUGGAAUAUACUUUCACAGAAGGAUAUCAACAAUUAAUACCCCUGUUGAUAAAUCAUCAUAUAAAACCUCAGAAAAGCGUACAUUCAAAAGUAAUUUAAUAGAGGCUUCGAGUUUAAUAUUGAAACACUCGAGGGCGGCUUACUCCCGUCCAAAAGUGAUAGCGUGGAGCGCUCUGUAUGCGGUCGCUUUAGCCCUCUUCGUGCAAGCUCAGACUUAUAUACAAAUACUGUGGCGGUACAUACAAAAAGAACAAUCGAAUCCGGUAUUAUACAAUGGAGCUGCGGAAGCCGCUACCACUCUGUUAGGGGCCGGGGCUGCGUACAUAGCAUCGUACGACCGGCAGUCCUUCAGUCCCGCACUUUCUUCAGCCAUACAAGGAAUCGCUCUGUUUCUAACUACCUACAUAUCGAACGUAUUCGUUUCCUACGCUGGAUACGUUGUCAUGGGAGUCAUGUUUCAUUACAUCAUCACUUUGGCCAGCUCAAAAAUAGCUAGUCAAUUAAUCGACGACAGUUGUUUCGGGCUGAUAUUCGGUAUCAACACACUCCUCGGCGUCGCUUUGCAGUCUCUCCUCACGUACAUACUGUUACAAAACUUGGAGUUUCACAUAACAACGCACUAUUACAUCGUAAGCGGUCUUUUUAUAACUCUGGCCACUUGUUGGUUAGUCGGAUGGAUACUCCAUAUUGCUCAUAAUAAAAAACAAAACGUGAACAGUAAUUAAUCUACGUGAACAGUGAGCGCUUCUAACACAUCAAUAAAUUAAUUUGAAUUCGUAUAAACUUUACAGUUAGAAUCCAUUUGCCGAUGUUUUUUUUUUUUCGAAUGAUUCGGGGAACUGACUUUAAUAAGUCAAAGAUAGUGUUUUUGGUGGUAUUUUUAAAGAAAAUUGUCCCCUAGAAGUUCUAGAACCCAUCGGGAAGAAAUUUAUGAAAAGGUAUUAACACUGUAUCCCUAAAAGUGACGUCAGAAGAGAAACAAAUAUCCCCCUAUUUAUUUCAAGGACCUUUAGGUCAAGUCUUAUUUUAAUUUAGUGAAAACUUUUAUAUGAAAUGAAGUUGAUUAAUAUGAAACAUGGCAUGAAAUGAAAUAAAAUGAAAACGAAAUGAGAUGAGAUGCGUACUGCGACCACCAAACAGCAUUUAUAGUUAUAAGAUGUAUUCAUCAUUCAUGACGUCACGUCAGUCAUCACAGUUCCAGUUUAAAGGGUAAAACAGCCAUUAUUUAUACAAUACAAUAGAGACUUCGAGGUCGUCUCAAGAUGGGUAUUGACAUUCCAUGAACAUAUCUCCAUAAACAGCAACUUAUCUUAGGCUAUCUUAUACCUUUAA